CGGGUCACGCCUUGACAGCGGCUUCCCGGACCGAUCUGCCCCGCGGUUCGGUGAGUGCGGCCGUGGGUGCGGGACAGUGUGAAGCCAGGCACCGCAGCCGGCGCUCCACAGCCUGUUAACGCCCCUUAGCCGCCCGCCUGAGCUGCGUGCCUCCCGACCGGGCCACUGCCGGGUCUUUGCUAGUGGUGGGGGCGGGAGCUGGUCGGCGCCCCAGGGUGCAGGCUGAGGCUCCCGGGACUCGCCCAGAUUGCUAUGAGCGUCCGGGGGUCCCUGCGGCAAGGGACGCCAUUGUCCUGACAUUUACUGCCCUAGUCCCCGCCCCUCUCCGUUCGUCCGGACUCGGCAGCUGCAAGCCACCAGCUGUCCGCGUCGCCCCGUUGGGAGCCUCGGACUAGGCCAAGGGUCUCGGUGGGGGCGAGGCCUGGGCCGGCCCAGAGCAGGGUCUAUUGAGUGCCUUUGUGCAUUGCUUAAAAAAAGAAGAAAAAAAAAAAGCUUUCUGUACAUUCCAAAGGGGAAAAAAGCAGGGCAUGGGGCAGAUGAGUCACAGCUGAGGAAAGGACUCACCUGGGUCAGACUGCAGGGUUGCUGGCCGCGGGGCCACGGGGCCACGGGGAGGUAGAUUAUCUUGAUCCAUCCUGACAGCAGAUGCUGCGCUCGCUGAAGGCACACAGUUUCACCUGGAGCUUCAGGGUAGUUUAGAGUUCUCAGCCUGGACUCCAGGGACACCCGUAAAAUGAGUGCAAGGGCAGUUUGGAGCAUGUGAGCAUGCCCUGAGCCUUGAUGAGCUCCAGUAUGUGGUACAUUAUGCAGAGCAUUCAGAGCAAAUACUCGCUCUCCGAACGCCUGAUUCGAACAAUCGCUGCCAUCCGCUCCUUCCCACAUGACAACGUAGAGGACCUCAUCAGAGGGGGAGCAGACGUGAACUGCACGCAUGGCACCCUGAAGCCCCUGCACUGCGCCUGCAUGGUGUCCGACGCCGACUGCGUGGAGUUGCUCCUGGAGAAGGGAGCAGAGGUCAACGCCCUGGAUGGCUACAACCGAACAGCCCUCCACUAUGCAGCAGAGAAAGAUGAGGCUUGCGUGGAGGUCCUGUUGGAAUAUGGGGCAAAUCCCAAUGCACUGGAUGGCAACAGAGAUACCCCGCUUCACUGGGCAGCCUUUAAGAACAAUGCCGAGUGUGUGCGGGCCCUGCUGGAGAGCGGGGCCUCUGUCAAUGCCCUGGAUUACAACAAUGAUACUCCACUCAGCUGGGCUGCCAUGAAGGGAAAUCUUGAGAGUGUCAGCAUCCUUCUUGACUAUGGCGCUGAGGUCAGAGUCAUCAACCUAAAAGGCCAGACACCCAUCUCCCGCCUGGUGGCUCUGCUGGUGAGAGGACUGGGAACAGAGAAAGAAGACUCCUGCUUUGAGCUCCUCCAUAGAGCUGUUGGACAGUUUGAAUUAAGAAAAAAUGGCAUCAUGCCACGAGAAGUGACCAAAGACCAGCAGCUGUGUGAAAAACUGACUGUGUUGUGCUCGGCACCAGGAACUCUUAAAACCCUCGCCCGCUACGCUGUGCGCCGCAGCCUGGGUCUCCAGUAUCUGCCCGAUGCAGUGAAGGGUCUCCCACUGCCAGCGUCUUUGAAGGAAUACCUGUUACUCUUAGAGUAGCCUGUAGGGGACGUUUCUGCCAUCUUGCAGGCAGCUCUGGGUGAGGUUUUCUUUUCAAUUCUGUCCCUUUGUUGUGGAACACAGAAAAGCACUUGUUCCUGUUGUGUGGUUUAUAGAUUUUGAGACAACACAUAACAGUAAUGUCUGUACCAUCUCCCCUCCCAUACCAAGCAACCAAACCAAAAAAAGUUACCUCACUUCUGUUUGCUGUUUUAUUGCUUAGUUGCCUUUUUAUAUUCAAUCCUGCAAAAGAAGUCUUCCCCAGAUCCCUGCAGGACACUUUAGUCAACAGUGUGACUGCAUUUCCUAGGCGAACCUAAAGUACUUAGAUACAUGGCUUCCUGGGCCAUGGUGAGCAUUGUGAAGGAGUUCCUUCUGAAGAGUUGUAGUUGAUCUGAAGUUUAAGAAGUCCACACUCCGAUUAACAAGAAUUAUGUUCCAAGGAAGAGUGCUUGAACUUCAUUCAGAUGGGGUAUAGACUCAGGAUUCGGCACUCAGGAGCCCUGACUCCUUUUCCAUAUGGUACCCAGGGCUCGGCAUCCAGCGGUGAGUUUCACAGGAUGUCUGGCUGCUCCGAGGGAGAAGAGCAGGAUUCCCAGCAGUCCCAGGAUUGCCAGGCCAUCCUAAUGUGGCUUUCCCUGAAAACUCCUUUGCACCAAUGAGCAGAGCGAGGGCCCUGCUCCUCCCAUGAAGGUCUCUCUAGUAAGGGUGGAGGGUGGGCGGCACUGCCUUUUCCACAGAGCCCCAUUCCCUAAGAGUUCCGAGCUGUUUUUUCCUACUCUCUUGGAACCUUUGCCUUUUACUGAGCUAUAGAAAAUGGGGUAAGUGGAGCUAGGGACAGAACACAGAAUACAAAAGGGGUUCUUUGGAACUGGCCGCCUACCCUAAAAGACCCAGUUUUGUGAACAAUGUUCUUCCUUUUUCGUGUUCUUAAACUAGAUGAAGUUGAUUUUGACCUUAGGCGAUCUGUAUGCAAGUUUGGAAAGCAUUUUCUAAAAAGCUGGCUGGAGACUGCACCCAGAUGAAUAGGACCUUCAGACUGCCACUAACUCAAAACAGCGUGCCUGCUUUUGUUCUCUGCUGUCGCUGGGUUUGCCCAUUUGAAAAAAGAAUAAAUAAUUCUAAAAGCAAA